AGUGGCUUCUACAGGUUCUUUUGUAAAUCCAUAAAAUUCAGCUGCCAGUUUGAACACAAGGUAUGCCUUAUAAUGUGUCAUUGAAGAAAGCUUGCAAGUACUGAUCCUCCCAACAAUUUCAAACCAACAAACACUGAGAAGCUCUGCACCCUCAGGAAACCUGAUUGUAAUUAAGCAUGAAUUAUAGACAUUAAUCUUCACAUAUUUAUUCAUUUUUAGUUCGAGAAGACACUUAAAAACAAUCAACUACAUGCUUGAAUUCUUUUGGUUGGGUGUGAGUGAAACUGUGUCAUGCAUGCCUUUUGUCUGCAUUUUCUGUGUGGUGUUUGCAUGUGUGUGUGUGAGCUGGAAUCUCGUAUGGAGUUCAGAGAGAGAGAAACCUGGAAUCUUGUAUGGAGUUCCAGCUCCAAUAAUGAGGAUUAUCACCCCAUAUAAUUGUGAGGUCCCCAGCAGCUAGCAUGUAACAUUUCUUCCCACUCCUUUUGUGCAGUGAAAAGCUCUAUGCAAUACAGGUUAUACAAUUAA